AUGGAAUCCCCCUUAACGCAGCAAAGUAGACCCGACUAUUUUAAGCCUAAAGUUGUCCAGCUCUAUGAGAACUUAUUUCAAAGCUCAGAUUAUGCUGAACCUUCAGAAGGUUUUUGGAGGGAGCUCUUCCUGCUGCCGCCUGACCGGGCCCUGCUGAAUUCCAUCCUCGAGGCUCUUAGUCCAGAUGAAACGCUCAACCUUCAGUCUCACACCCAGCAACUCUUUGCUCGUGCAAUCCGGGAGGCUGCUUCAGGGCCCAGUCCUGUAAACGCUUAUGCUCUGGAGACCUUGACGGUCUUCUUAGCUUGUAUUCUGAAAAAGAAGUACACGAACCCAAGCUCCGACGUCAUCACUAUUCUGGCAGGUCUCGACAGAGUGGAUCAGGUCAUAUCCAAUUUCGUCGCGGUCUUGGAUAGCGUCAUCCGCAGCGGAAGCAACAAUGACAUCCGGUUCAAGGCCAUCAGGACGGCUAUUGCUAUGACGAGUGGAGCUUAUAAGACGAGCCUCGUAUCGUACUUUACUCAUCGCGAUUUGUUCCCUUCAAUCAUGAAACUUGUGCAUGAAUCGGAGUCACCGAUGCAAGUUUUCGAGCCUUUCCUAUUGCUGGGGUUACUUGCCAACUACAACAAAUUUGAGUUCCAGAAUCCAUACCAACUACGACUCGAUGACUUUGUGAACGAAACAAGCAUUCAGAAGAUUGUGAAAGGUGUCGGCCUCUCGUGCGGCGCCUUGAGGAACGGCUAUGUGGCGGUACAGGACGAUUCUCCCGAGGGCUGGACCCUGAUGGGGACUCUGAUGUAUUUCGGACUGGGCGUGCUUUCUCCAGGUAGGAAGGAGAAACCUACUCCCCCCUCGCCCGAGGAGGCAAAGGAGAUGUUCGCAGCCUUGCCCGCGCAGCAAGCAGCCAUUCUGCUAGCAACCUACGAUUUCACCAACGCGAAUAAGCUCUUUGGUUACCACUUGAUCAAUUCCGCUUCCGACAAGGAUAAUGAAGAGUCCCCGUUCUCGAGCUUCCUCUCUAUGACAUCUUAUCUUCUGCAUCACGCAUACCGCUCUCCGAGAGUUGGUCACUACGCCGAACUCAGCCUUUUUACUCUGCGUAUUCUCUCAGAGGACUCGACAUCGUGCAAACUGCUUUGCAGCGAGGAGAGUAAGCGGAAAGUCCGCCUUUGUAGGCAAAGGCAGCCCUAUCUUCCCCUUGUAACUGGGGACAGAGUUUUGGCGACCGUUAUCUUUGACGUCUUAAUCGAUGCUAUCUCACACAAUCUCCGACGUCGUCUUGAUGUCCAGUUAUACAGCCACACAAUCGCAAUCCUCCUCCGCAUCCUCACCUACCUCUCCAUGAAUAGAAUCCGCCUUGCCUACCACUGGUCCGAGCUCUGGCGCACUCUGCUCUCCCUCAUGCGCUUUCUAACAACCUAUGUCUCCGACCUGGCCACCAGCCCACACAUAACAACCCUAACAACAUCCCUGGUAGACCUAGUCGCCUUCUGUGUCUCCACGGGCGACACCUUCCUUCCCGAUCCAACCUCUUACGAUGACCUCUUCUACAAACUCGUUGAGACAGGGCCCAUCAUCGCCAAAUUCCGCGAUGUUUACUCCCUUAAGACCUCCCCAAGUUCCUCCUCGCUCUCCAAAGCCGAUGCAAAUAAGGACAUCCACGUCGCGGCUGUCGAGACACUCAUCUCCGUCUCCACGCAUUUCUAUGCGCUCCUCUUUAACCCAGGCACAGGUGCAGUCACGGGGACUGAGACAGAGGAAGCCACGACGAAGACCGACGGUGAUCAGAGCCAAAGCCCUGUACCAAUCCCGGCCGCUCAAAAGAAGAAUUUGAGUCCACGCGAGGUUCAUCGUAUCAUAAAGCAGGGUUAUGAUACGCUGAGCAUCCAGCCUCCUGAGGGCUUGAGCGCGUGGACGAGAUACCGCGAGACGGACUGGAAGCCAGAUUUGAAGCGGGCUGCGCGGUGUGCGGUUGAUGAUGCUACCCAGCUGGUGGCGUAG